UGAAGCAAGCACGAGAAAGAGAGACAGAGAACGAGAGAGAAAGCGGGGAGCAGGAAGAGGCGUAACAAGGUCAAACCCUCUCAACAUGCUGCAAUUGCACGUUAUGUAAAGCAGAGUGCGAGCGAGCGAGCGAGCGAGACAGCGUCGUUACCAUUGUGUCUGCAUACGUGCAAGCAACCGAGCAGGAGCGAGUGAGCGAGAGCGAGCGAGGGAGCGAGAGACGGAGGCAAAGUGCAUUUGCUACAGAAUACGAUGUCAUCGAUCUCGGCGCAAGGCGUGGUCGAGCGAGCCUCCGCCGAAUUAUCGAAGCGCAUCAACGGUUUGGGAUUACGCUCGAAGCAUCAUCAUGGCAGCAGCGGCAGCAGCAGCAACACCAGUGACAACUCCUCCCCAAAUUCCACGUCCAGUGCCAGCUCAUCCAGUGGCAAGACCUCAGUAAUGGAGCGUGUGACCAACGCACUCUGCGGCGGCGGCAGCAGCAGCAACAACUCCUCCAACUCCAACUCCAAUUCCAAUUCCAACGCCAACAGCAGCUCAAACUCCGGCUCGAAUACGCCACAGACGCCGGAUAAGCCAUCGCGUGGUGGCCAACAAAGUGCAUCAACAGCAGCAGCUGCGCCUGGCGCCACGCUCAUCUCCAUGUCCGCUGCGCAACAACAAGCCAGCUCCAAUGCUCUGCCCGCCGCGCAUCUCCCGCCCGCGCAUCUGCUGCAGCAACAGCAGCAGCAACAACACCAGCAGCAACAACAGCAGCAGCAACAGCAACAACAACAGCAGCAACAGCAACUGCAAGCCAUGGCCGGCUCCACGUUGAUUAAUUCGAGCCAUCAUCUGGUGAUGGCGGGUGGCGUGCCCGCACCACCGGGUGGCAUGCCACUGGGCGCACCGCCCACGCCCACGGUCAAAUCGAUUGCCAAGCAAAUGAACAUUAUGAUUCCGGCGCCCGGUUCGCCUACAUUUAGUACCAUGGGCAUGGCGGCGGCACAGAAGGUCGCCGGUGCCGGCGGGACGCCAUUGCAACUGCGCAAACAGCUGCCCAAUCCUCACCUGCAUCAUCCGUAUGCACCUGGAUCCCAGCUGGCUGCGGCUGUAACGCAAUCCGCGUUGAUACUCCACAAGCACCCGCCACACAUCCAGAGCAUCGAUGCCUUGCUGCUCGACGAUCGUUUCCUGAAUCGCUUUUUCCAAUACUUUUCCCCAUACGAGCGACGUGUGCUCGCCCAGGUGUGCAUCAAGUGGCGGGACAUACUCUACCGCAGUCCUCGCUAUUGGUCCGGCCUUCUGCCCACGCUGCAGUGUCGCGAACUGCGCCAGAUGCCCGCCUGUGAUCGCGGCAAGCUUUACAAUUCGCUCAUCCGACGCGGCUUCCAUGCGCUCGGCCUCGUGGGAGCUUCCGAUGAGGAUGCUCUCGAUGUGGUGCACUCGUUUCCGCUCGCCUCCAAGCACGUGCACUCGCUCAGUCUGCGCUGCUCUUCGAUCAGCGAUCGAGGAUUGGAAACACUGCUCGACCAUUUGCAGAGUCUGUUUGAACUUGAGCUCGCCGGCUGCAAUGAGGUCACCGAGGCCGGGCUCUGGGCCUGUUUGACGCCGCGGAUCGUGUCCUUGUCACUGGCGGACUGCAUCAACAUUGCGGACGAGGCUGUGGGAGCGGUGGCCCAGCUGCUGCCAUCCUUGUACGAGUUUUCGCUGCAGGCUUACCAUGUCACAGAUGCUGCCCUCGGAUAUUUUUCACCAAAGCAAAGUCACAGCUUGAGCAUAUUACGCUUACAGUCAUGCUGGGAACUAACCAAUCAUGGCAUUGUUAAUAUCGUGCAUUCGUUGCCGCAUCUAACGGUGCUCAGCCUAUCCGGGUGCAGCAAACUCACCGACGAUGGCGUCGAGCUGAUUGCCGAGAAUCUGCAGAAGCUGCGCGCCCUGGACCUGUCCUGGUGUCCCCGCAUAACGGACGCCUCGCUCGAGUAUAUUGCCUGUGAUCUGAACCAGCUGGAGGAAUUGACUCUGGAUAGAUGCGUUCACAUAACGGACAUUGGGGUUGGCUACAUUUCAACAAUGCUAUCACUGACGGCCCUCUUCCUGCGAUGGUGUUCUCAGGUGCGGGACUUUGGACUGCAGCACCUGUGCUCGAUGCGGAAUCUGCAGGUUCUCUCGCUGGCGGGUUGCCCGCUACUGACUUCAUCUGGCUUAUCAAGCCUCAUACAGUUGCGUCAUCUACAGGAACUCGAGCUGACCAAUUGCCCAGGCGCCUCGCACGAACUCUUUGAUUAUUUGAAAGAGCACUUGCCACGCUGCUUGAUAAUCGAAUAAUUGCGUAUGCAAGCGAGCGAGAGGCUAUUGAUUACUUUAUUUCAAUUUUCAUAUGUGAAAAGAAAUGUGCAACUGAUUUUGUUUUAGGAUUCAGUGUUUAAUUAUUCGUACUAAUCGAACUCUAUUUGUAUGCUAUUUUUUUCUUUUAGAAUUGUUAAUUUUAGUCGGGAAGUUCCUUUUUGUGCUACAUAUAUGUAUGAAACCAAUGCAUAUACAUAGUUAUUGUCUCUACUUAAUACUGUAAAUCCUUAAAAUAGCUUUAGUUUUACAAUUUUUUUAUGAUUUCUACUGUGAUUUUAACUGGACUUUAACUACUAUAUAAGUUAAGUUGAGAGCUGUUUAAGAACCCCAAAGGAUAAUUAUUUAUAUUAUACAUAUAUUUACAAUACAGUACAAUACCGAGAUGAACUCUAAUAUAAAUACAAAUUUAUACUUAUUACUGUAGUUUUUAAAGCAAAAUUUUAAUUAAUCUCACUGUAAUUAACCAUAACAAAUUGUGCAAGAAAACAAACCAAACAAAUUAUAUAGAUAUAUAUAUGUAUACAUAAAAUAUAUAUGUAAAUGUAAAUUAACAUAAAACAUUGCGCCCAAAAAGACAAAAGAAACGUAAAAGAUGAUGCGAUUGAAAUAAGAAGCGAAUGCAAUAUGCAAAUAAAAUCAAAAAUUAUGCAAUUUACUGUUCAAAGCAACAAUUUUCGAAAUACAAAAUAAAGUGAAUAAUUCAAAGAAGUGAAAAUAUAUUAUUUAUAUAGGCAAAGUUGCUAACCUGCUUUACACUUAGCUCACUUUUGCAGCCCCGACCACUAAUUGUACCAUACUAUAACUAUGCUAACAAACAAUAACGAUACAAAAUCCCUCAACAAGUUUUAGAAUUAGUCGAUUUAGACAAAUGUGCACGCAAAACAAAAACAAAAUAACAUACAAAGAAACGAAUCAAUUUCCAAUCCAAAAAUGAUACAUUUUAUGUAGACCUAUUUGAAAAAUAAUACAAAGCAAGAAUAAUUAAAGAAAAGAUUUAAUGACGCCCCUGUGCCGCCCUUCCUAGAACUAAGUCGCUAACGACAAAGAGUUGAAUAUAAACUAUAAUAAAUUAUUAAAUAUACAUAUGUAUAACUACCUUAUUUAAUAGAGCUGCGCUACCAAAGUGGGCAUUUUUGUUUGGACUACUUCAAACCAAAUGCGAUUUGCAAAUCUAAGACAAACAUGAAGAAAAUAAACUAAUGCAGAAUUGACAA